CGGCUAUGGGAGAGAGUGGGAAUCGGAUGAGGCCUUUGAGACAGGCGUGGGGGCCCAGACAGCGAACGGGCUCAAAGCGUAUCUCUUCUCCGUACCGUUCGAGGUUGGCACUGCUGCCCCCCGGCGGGUCCCGGAGACGCUGGGCGCCCGCGGCCGCGCAGACGAAAUGUGUUUAGCGGGGCUCGCUCCCGGGCCUGGCUCGGGGCCGCCGCCGUCGUCCCCCUCCUCCCCGCGCGCAGGCUGCUCUCCAGUCGCGGCCACUGGGUAGCGCUCGGCCCUCCUCUCCGCGUCGCCGCCUCCGCCUCCGCCGCCGCGCUCGUCCCCGGCUCACGCUGCCCCCGCAGCUCCGGCUCGGCGCAGGCAGGCAGGCAGGAGCGGUUCUCCGGACACCAAGCCCGGGAAACGGGGCGGCGGGCUCGGCGAACGGCAGCGGCUACCGAGGCGGGCGGCAGCAGAGCGUCCGAGGUGCUGGGGCGGGCGCAGCGGCCGCUGUUCCUCAAGCCGGGGCUGUUGGCAAGGGCCGGGCGUCUGAGGAGGCGCCGCGCCCCCGGAGCCUGGGCUGCCCGCCGGGCUCUCCGUGCGUCUCGCCGAGAGCUCCGGCCAGGGCGCGGCGGAGGGCAGAACCGCGGGUCUCCAUCCUCCGGGCGCCGGGAGGCUCUGUGCCCGGGCGCCGGCAACAGCCCCGGUCACCGAGCCCAGCAGCGGUCCCCGCUGCACGGCAGCCGGCGCGGACAGGCGCGCGCGGGGCUGCGUGCCGGGCCGCGGGACCCGCAAAGUUUGGUGGCCGGCUCGGUGCGGAGCCGAGGGCGCGCCCGGGCCCAGCGCUCCCGGGAGGGACGGAUAGUCCCCGUAUUGCGCGCCAGGGCGGUGGAGCCGGCAGGGGUGGCUCGGCCCCGUCAGAUGCCGCCUGCAAAGUUAGAAAGAAGAAAACUUCAGCUCCAGGGAGAUUCGGACCGCGAUGCAAACCGCGCCCCCCGAAAUCCGCGCCCCUGAAAGAACCCCCGCGCCCGCGUCUGCCGCCUCACUUGGCUCCAGCCCGGCCCCCGGGGCCCAGCGCCUGAAAAGGCAGUGACGGCGUCCGCCUGGACGACCCAACCAGGGGGCGGGAAGGGGGCGGGGGGCGGGCAACGUGGCCACUGGAGGAAGUUUGCUGAAGUUGUCCUUUUAUUCCGGAGCCCGGCCAGAGACCCAACCGAAUCGCAGAGGCCUCCCUGCCUGGGAGACGAAGUCGGAGUUGGGGUGCUAAGGGAGGGAGGCACCCUGAGUCUGAGAGCGCGGCUUUUUCUUUUUGCUCGACCAUUGCCUACCGGGCGCGCCGCCGGGACCGAACUUGGACAGAAGAGGACGAGGAAGCACUAGGGUCGCCAGGGCUGCCCUUCCCGGGCAUACACCGCCCCGGGCCAGACCGCGUAGACAGUCUCCCCGGACGAAGUCCGCAGGGUACUGGACCCCACCAGGAUUAUAAAACAGUGCGGGCGACCCCCACCCCAUCCCCGCACCAUGUGGGGGCUGCUGAUCUGGACUCUGCUGGCCCUACACCGGAUACCGAAGGCCAGAGCCCAAGAUGACGUGGCCCCCUAUUUCAAGACAGAGCCGGUGCGGACGCAGGUGCACCUGGAGGGAAACCGCCUGGUUCUCACGUGCAUGGCCGAGGGCAGCUGGCCGCUGGAGUUCAAGUGGCUCCACAACAACAGGGAGCUGACCAAGUUCUCCCUGGAGUACAGGUACAUGAUCACCAGCCUAGACCGCACCCAUGCUGGCUUCUACCGCUGCAUCGUGCGUAACCGGAUGGGCGCCCUGCUGCAGAGGCAAACCGAAGUCCAGGUGGCCUACAUGGGGAGCUUCGAGGAGGGCGAGAAGCACCAGAGUGUCUCCCACGGAGAAGCCGCGGUCAUCCGAGCCCCGCGCAUCGCCAGCUUCCCCCGACCCCAGGUGACCUGGUUCCGGGACGGCCGCAAGAUCCCACCCAGCAGCCGCAUAGCCAUCACCCUGGAGAACACCCUUGUCAUCCUGUCAACGGUGGCCCCCGACGCAGGCCGCUACUAUGUACAGGCUGUUAACGACAAGAACGGGGAUAACAAGACCAGCCAGCCCAUCACUCUCGCCGUGGAGAAUGUAGGGGGGCCUGCAGACCCCAUCGCUCCAACCAUCAUCAUUCCUCCCAAGAACACCAGCGUGGUGGCCGGGACCUCGGAGGUGACCAUGGAGUGUGUAGCCAACGCCAGGCCGCUGAUCAAGCUGCACAUCAUCUGGAAGAAGGACGGGGUGCUGCUGUCAGGCGGCAUCAGCAACUACAACCGCCGGCUCACCAUCCCCAACCCCACGGGCAGCGACGCGGGCUUCUACACGUGCGAGGCCGCGCUGCGCAGCAGCAGCGUCCCCUCCGUCAUCCGUGGAGCCUACCUGUCUGUGCUGGAGCCGCCUCAGUUUGUCAAGGAGCCGGAGAGACACAUCACAGCGGAGAUGGAGAAGGUGGUGGACAUUCCCUGUCGGGCCAAAGGUGUGCCACCGCCCUCCAUCACCUGGUACAAGGACGCGGCCGUGGUGGAGGUGGCCAGGCUGAGCCGCUUCCGGCAGCGUGGGGACGGGGGCCUGCAGAUCAGCGGGCUGGUGCCUGACGACACGGGCAUGUUCCAGUGCUUUGCACGCAACACCGCCGGCGAGGUGCAGACGUCCACCUACCUGGCCGUCACCAGCAUCGCCCCCAACAUCACCAGGGGCCCCCUGGACAGCACGGUGAUCGACGGCAUGUCAGUGGUGCUGGCUUGUGAGACAUCGGGCGCCCCCCGGCCGGCCAUCACGUGGCAGAAGGGGGAGCGCAUCCUGGCCAGCGGCUCUGUCCAGCUGCCUCGCUUCACGCUCCUGGAGUCGGGCAGCCUGCUUGUCAGCCCCACGCACAUCUCUGAUGCCGGGACCUACACCUGUUUGGCGACCAACUCUCGGGGGGUCGACGAAGCCUCGGCCGACCUGGUCGUGUGGGCCCGGACCCGCAUCACCAAGCCUCCCCAGGACCAGAGCGUCAUCAAGGGCACGCAGGCCUCCAUGGUGUGUGGCGUGGCCCACGACCCCCGAGUGACCAUCAGGUACGUCUGGGAGAAGGACGGGGCCACCCUGGGCACAGAGAGCAACCCCCGAGUCCGCCUGGACAAAAAUGGCUCCCUGCACAUCUCACAGACAUGGUCGGGGGACAUCGGCACGUACACCUGCCGGGUGCUGUCAGCCGGGGGCAACGACUCGCGCAGCGCGCACCUGCGUGUCAGGCAACUGCCUCACGCCCCCGAGCGCCCAGUGGCAAAGCUCAGCACCUCAGAGAGGCGGGCCAUCAACCUGACGUGGGCCAAGCCCUUCGACGGCAACAGCCCCCUGAUCCGCUAUGUCCUGGAGAUGUCGGAGAACAAUGCCCCCUGGACCGUGCUCCUAACCAGUGUGGACCCUGAGGCUACCUCAGUGAUGGUCAAGGGCUUGGUCCCCGCUCGCUCCUACCAGUUCCGCCUCUGUGCCGUCAACGACGUGGGGAAAGGACAAUUCAGCAAAGACACGGAGAGGGUCUCCCUUCCCGAAGAGCCCCCGACUGCCCCACCGCAGAAUGUCAUCGCCAGCGGCCGGACUAACCAGUCCAUUAUGAUCCAGUGGCAGCCGCCUCCUGAGAACCACCAGAACGGCCUCCUCAAGGGCUACAUCAUCAGGUACUGCCUGGCCGGGCUGCCGGUCGGGUACCAGUUCAAGAACAUCACAGACGCCGACGUCAACAACCUGCUGCUGGAGGACCUCAUCAUCUGGACCAACUACGAGAUCGAGGUGGCCGCCUACAACAGUGCCGGGCUGGGUGUCUACAGCAGCAAAGUCACCGAGUGGACACUGCAGGGAGUCCCCACGGUCCCUCCGGGCAACGUGCACGCAGAAGCCACCAAUUCUACAACCAUCCGAUUCACCUGGAAUGCCCCCAGCCCCCAGUUCAUCAAUGGCAUCAACCAGGGCUACAAGCUAAUCGCCUGGGAGCCAGAGCAGGAAGAGGAGGUUACCAUGGUGACUGCCCGACCCAACUUUCAAGACAGCAUCCACGUGGGCUUCGUGUCUGGCCUGAAGAAGUUCACUGAGUAUUUCACUUCUGUGCUGUGCUUCACCACUCCCGGAGACGGGCCCCGCAGCACCCCCCAGCUGGUGCGCACCCUCGAGGACGUGCCUGGGCCUGUGGGACACCUGAGCUUCAGUGAAAUCCUGGACACUUCGCUGAAGGUCAGCUGGCAAGAGCCAGGGGAGAAGAAUGGCAUCCUCACAGGGUACCGGAUCUCCUGGGAGGAGUAUAAUCGAACCAACACCCGCGUGACACACUACCUGCCCAACGUGACCCUGGAGUACCGCGUCACGGGCCUCACCGCGCUCACCACCUACACCAUCGAGGUGGCCGCCAUGACCGCCAAGGGCCAGGGCCAGGUGUCCGCCUCCACCAUCUCCUCGGGCGUGCCUCCAGAACUCCCAGGGGCCCCCGCCAACCUGGGCAUUUCCAACAUCGGCCCCCGCUCCGUGACCUUGCAGUUCAGGCCCGGCUACGACGGGAAAACCUCCAUCUCCCGCUGGCUGGUAGAGGCCCAGGUGGGUGUCGUCGGGGAGGGUGAGGAGUGGCUGCUGAUUCACCAGCUCAGCAACGAGCCCGACGCCCGCUCCAUGGAGGUGCCCAAUCUCAACCCCUUCACCUACUACAGCUUCCGCAUGCGCCAAGUGAACAUUGUGGGCACCAGCCCACCCAGCCAGCCUUCUAGAAAGAUCCAGACCCUCCAGGCGCCCCCUGACAUGGCCCCGGCCAAUGUGACCCUGCGCACGGCCAGCGAGACCAGCCUGUGGCUCCGCUGGAUGCCUCUCCCAGAGAUGGAAUACAACGGGAACCCUGAGUCGGUGGGCUACAAGAUUAAAUACAGCCGGGCAGACGGCCGCGGCAAGGUACUGAGCCACGUGGUCCAGGACCGAGUGGAGCGGGAGUACACCAUCGAGGACCUGGAGGAGUGGACAGAGUACCGCGUGCAGAUCCAGGCCUUCAAUGCCAUCGGGAGUGGGCCCUGGAGCCAGAUGGUGAUGGGCAGGACGCGGGAGUCAGUGCCCUCCUCUGGCCCCACCAACGUGUCUGCGCUGGCCACCACCUCCAGCAGCAUGCUGGUGCGCUGGAGCGUGGUCCCCGAGGCUGACCGCAACGGGCUCGUGCUGGGCUACAAGGUGAUGUAUAAGGAGAAGGACUCAGACUCCCAGCCCCGGGUGUGGCUGGUGGAAGGCAACUCAUCCCUCAGCGCCCAGCUCACAGGCUUGGGCAAGUACGUGCUCUACGAGGUCCAGGUGCUGGCCUUCACGCGCAUCGGGGAUGGCAGCCCCAGCCGCCCUCCCGUCCUGGAGCGGACGCUGGAUGAUGUCCCGGGACCACCCAUGGGCAUCCUGUUCCCAGAGGUGCGGACCACAUCGGUGCGGCUGAUCUGGCAGCCCCCCGCUGCCCCCAACGGCAUCAUUCUUGCCUACCAGAUCACACACCGCCUCAACGCCACCACAGCCAACACUGCCUCCGUGGAAGUGCUGGCCCCCAGCGCCCGCCAGUACACGGCCACCGGCCUCAAGCCAGAGUCUGUCUACCUGUUCCGCAUCACCGCCCAGACCCGAAAGGGCUGGGGAGAGGCCGCCGAGGCCCUGGUGGUGACCACCGAGAAGAGAGACCGCCCGCAGCCCCCCAGCAAGCCGGUGGUGCAGCAGGAGGAUGUGAAGGCUCGCAGUGUGCUGCUGUCCUGGGAGCCGGGCAGCGACGGGCUGUCUCCUGUGCGCUACUAUACCAUCCAGACCCGCGAGCUGCCCAGCGGCAAGUGGACGCUGCACUCCGCCUCCGUGAGCCACAACGCCUCCGCCUUCGUGGUGGACAAGCUCAAGCCCUUCACAUCCUACAAAUUCCGAGUGAAGGCAACCAAUGAUAUUGGGGACAGUGAGUUCAGUGAGGAGUCGGAACCCCUGACCACCCUGCAGGCCGCCCCUGAUGAAGCGCCCACCAUCACCUCAGUGACCCCCCACACCACCACUUCCGUGCUGAUCCGAUGGCAGCCACCAGCAGAGGACAAGAUCAAUGGCAUCCUCCUGGGCUUCCGGAUCCGGUACCGGGAGCUGCUGUACGAGGGGCUGAGGGGCUUCACGCUGCGUGGCAUCAACAAUCCAGGGGCCAAGUGGGCGGAGCUGACCUCCUUGUUCUCCGUGCGGAACCUGAGCCGGCCCAGCCUCACACAGUACGAGCUGGACAACCUGAACAAGCACCGGCGCUACGAGAUCCGGAUGACCGUGUACAACGCCGUGGGCGAGGGGCCCUUGAGCCCCCCGCAGGAGGUCUUUGUCGGGGAGGCAGUGCCCACGACGGCGCCCUGCAACGUGGCCGUCCACAGCCCCACGGCCACACAGCUGGACGUGACGUGGGACCCACCCCCGCUGGAGAGCCAGAAUGGAGACAUCCAGGGCUACAAGAUUUAUUUCUGGGAAGCUGAGCGGCGGAACCUCACCGAGCGGGUGAAGACGCUUUUCCUGGCUGAGAGCGGAGUGAAGCUCAAGAACCUGACCGGCUACACCACCUACAUGGUCAGCGUGGCAGCCUUCAAUGCCGCGGGGGAAGGGCCUCGCAGCACUCCCACCCGGGGCCAGACCCAGCAAGCAGCCCCCAGUGCUCCCAGCUCGGUCAAGUUCAGCGAGCUGACCACAACCUCGGUGAACGUGUCCUGGGAGGCCCCGCAGUUCCCCAACGGCGUCCUGGAGGGCUACCGGCUGGUGUACGAGCCCUGCACCCCCGUGGACGGAGUCAGUAAGAUCGUGACGGUGGAUGUGAAGGGGAACAGCCCUCUGUGGCUGAAGGUGAAGGACCUGGCAGAGGGCAUGACCUACAGGUUCCGCAUCAGAGCCAAGACCUUCACCUACGGGCCUGAGAUUGAAGCCAACGUCACCACGGGCCCGGGCGAAGGAGCCCCGGGACCACCUGGAGUGCCCAUCAUCGUGCGGUACAGCUCCGCCAUCGCCAUCCACUGGUCCAGCGGAGACCCCGGCAAAGGGCCCGUCACCCGCUACGUCAUCGAGGCCAGGCCUUCAGAUGAGGGGCUGUGGGACAUCCUCAUCAAAGACAUCCCCAAGGAGGUGACCUCCUACACGUUCAGCAUGGACAUCCUGAAGCCGGGUGUGAGCUAUGACUUCCGGGUCAUCGCCGUCAACGACUACGGCUUCGGCACCCCCAGCAGCCCCUCCCAGUCUGUGCCAGCCCAGAAAGCCAGCCCAUUCUACGAGGAGUGGUGGUUCCUGGUGGUCAUCGCCCUGGUCGGCCUCAUCUUCAUCCUGCUGCUGGUCUUCGUGCUCAUCAUCCGGGGCCAGAGCAAGAAAUACGCCAAGAAGACAGACUCGGGAAACAAUGCCAAGUCUGGGGCCCUGGGCCACGGGGAGAUGAUGAGCUUGGAUGAAAGCAGUUUUCCUGCCCUGGAACUCAACAACCGACGACUCUCUGUCAAGAACUCCUUCUGCCGAAAGAAUGGCCUGUACACCAGGUCCCCGCCCCGGCCCAGCCCGGGCAGCCUGCACUACUCCGACGAGGACGUCACCAAGUACAAUGACCUCAUCCAGGCGGAGAGCAGCAGCCUGACCGAGAAGCCCUCGGAAGUCUCCGACUCUCAGGGGAGCGACAGCGAGUACGAGGUCGACCCGAACCACCAGAAGGCCCACUCCUUUGUCAACCACUACAUCAGCGACCCCACGUAUUACAACUCCUGGCGGCGGCAGCAGAAGGGGAUCUCCAGGGCCCAGGCGUACAGCUACACGGAGAGUGACGCAGGGGAGCCGGACCACGCCGCCGUCACCAACAGCAGCAGUGUCCAGCAGGGCAGCCUCUUUCGGCCCAAGGCCAGUCGGACCCCAACGCCCCAGAACCCCCCAAACCCCCCAAGUCAGCAGAGCACCCUCUACCGCCCCCCCAGCAGCCUGGCCCCUGGCUCCCGGGCUCCGAUAGCAGGAUUUUCAUCGUUUGUGUGACCUCCAAAGAGGAAAGAGAAAGACGGCACCAAAUGCCCCCUCCGCCCCUCCCCCGAGCCGCCUGCCAGAAAACAAAAACACCAAGAAACCAAGUCGACUGUUCACCUCCUGAGUUUAUUUUUCCAGAGAUUCCAGGGCCAGCAAAGCCAGAGUGAGAAGAAGGGAGAAGAAAACCAUGAGACGACAUGUGUGGCCGGCAAUUGGUCAGCUUCACAACUGUGGGGUUGGCUGCUCCUAUGGGGACGGUGCAGAGUUGGGGGCACGGCCGGGGUGGACAGGAGGGGGUUGAGUCCCUGGAAAGAGAGAGGGGGCAGAAAAGGCAAAGGGCUGGAGGGUUGCAAGGCAGACCUGACUGAAGGGAGAAGCUUCUGGCAGUCUAGCCGGCUGCCCCUCUUCCAGCCUGUGCUGGAGCGCUGGGCCCAUCACUGGCCGAUGCUGUGCAAGGAUGGGUGUCUCUAGGCAAAGCUCACCUCCUCUCUCUUCACCCAGCCACUGCCAAGUGCAUCCCUGUCCCUGGCAGGCAUGGAUGGUCUCUGCCACCCCCUGCCCUGUUCCUCACCCCCCAUGGCCCCCCUCCCUUGCUCAACUUCUCCAUCAAACAUUGAGUUUAUUUAGAAAACAGAAAACAACUAAAGGGUGAGAAUUUGCCUAGCUAGCUCCUUGUUCCUAACAUGUUUUUUCUUGUAAAUCCAAGGAAGAGGGCCCCUUAGGGUGCAGGAGAGCCCCCCUCCCCCACCACUGAGCCCAGCCAUCCCCUCACUUGAACUCACUGUCCUGAGCACAGAGGAGCGGAGAUGAACUUGGGGAGAGAGAGUGGGGGCACAGGCCGGGCUUCACGGGCACAAUCGGGCGAGACGCAGGCAGUCAGGAAGGUAAGACGGCUGCUUUGACUUUCCCUUUCCUUCCAGUUCAGGCACCAUCAGCCCCAGCCCCACAGGGAGAGGGGAAAGAGAACACCUGGGACGAGGAACUUCAGCUUGCCUGGGGCCAGGGAGCUAGUGGGGGUGAGGCAUGGCCGUGGCAGACACACCUCUCUCCCUGGACAGACACCUCCCUCCCAUCACACACACGUGUGCACACGUGUACACACACAUGCCACGUCCCAUGCACCGGCAGGGAAAAGGGCCUGGGUCCUCUCCCAGAGAAACCCCUUUGGGCUCCUCUAGCCAAAUGAGACACUCGCUUCAGAUCUGUGUUCCUCUCGCACUCACCCAUAGCUCUCCAUGUCCAAAACAUCCGCCUCCUAAAGCACAAGGGCUCAGGGGCCCAGACGGGUGGCUGGGCCCCUGGUUUAGAGGCCAAGGCCGCUCGAGUUUGCCAGUCUGCUCAGCACCCAGUUUACAAAGAGUCGAAGAGCAUCCCAGCCCCCGUGGUGGCUUCUAGGCUUGGCAAGGAGGGGCCCAUCCAAGCUGGACACAGUCCCCGAGAUGCAUAGUCAGGCAGGCCGGAGGAGCAGGUCAGAUGGGACCAAGAGACAAGAAUAGCUGAUGGGAGGCAAAGCUCUUAGCCACGCACAAUCCGCUCCAAGGAAUGUUCUUUAAAAAGCCGCUCCAGUGGUCUGGAUGUUCCUUCCCAUCAGCUUGGGGCUUCUGGGUGCAGGGGUCAAGGAGGGAGCCUAUCUAAGCCCCUGGGUCCCUGGCAUCCCCAGAGUUGGAGGUGGGCACCUGCUUCUGGAAAGGAGAUGGUCAGCCCGGCAUGUUCAGUUCGGCCUGGGGCACCUUAGUGGGUAGGACUCCCUGGGGUGCUGAGCACAGCCACUGUGUCUGCCCAGGGGGAGGAGGUGGCCUAUUUGGGGGAGUGGUAAGAGAACACUUAGGGAGGCCUGAGUGGAGAAUCUGGAGGUGAACCAAGGACAGACAGGGCCUGUAUACCCAAAGCAGGGCCGGGGCCUGAGGAAAGGGCCGGCCCAGCCAGGGGCUCCACACACUGGGGGCCCCCAGGAAAUGUGUGCAGGGGAAGUCGGGACACAGCUUAGCAGACAGGCUGACCCAGCUCCGGGGUCCAAACACAGCCUCUCACAAACGGAGGCUGGGAAGGGAAACACAGUUUUUCCCCCAAAGGAGGACAUGGCCUGAGGUCCUGCUUUCAUACACAUCUGGUGUUUCCAUAGCAGCACAUCUGCAGCUGCUGUGUUCUCUUUCCUUUCUGCUCCCCCCCCCCCCCCCGCCUCUCUCCACAGCUGUGUCUUCUUCUCUAUCUGCUGUGUGUUUAACCAUUUAAGGAAGUUCCCAGUUUGCAUUAGGGAAUUAUCCUAGCCCAGCCCAGGGAGGGGUGUGGGGGGGGCGGAGGGCAGGGAUGAGUAAAAACAUUGUGUGUUUGUGUGUGUUGUACAUGAGGCCAGAUUUCCUUUGCCUUUCAUGAAUCACGUGGUGCACUAAGGUGUUCGUUCACCCUCCCUCCGCCCCCGUGUGCUCAUUCACACCAGUGCCGGCACACAUGUGCAGGCUCACGCACACGCACUCGCAGGCACAGGAAACACAUCGAAUGUGUGUUAGCCAGGGGACUCUUGCAACGAUCUCCGAUGGCUUAGGUUGUCUCCACUGUGGAGCACGGGCAGCCCAAGUCACUCCCACUUGGGGCGUGCCUGGGGUCUGUCUGAGGGGACAUGGACACUCGGCAGACCAACGCUCUCAGACCAGCCCCUGAAGGCAGGCUGGGCCCAAGGUGAAAGUCCACCCUUAGCCCUACCCGCCCAUCUGAAAUGUGGCCUCCACUGCCCCAGCCCGACCUGGAAGCCCAGGUCUCCAGCGGGGAAGGCUAGAUUCCUGAGCGGACGUGUCUUUGCCCUUGUUUACAUAUCUGCUGGGGCAGUGAAGGCUCUCAGCCCUGGUUGAGACCCCUGGCUGCAUGGGACUGGGCACUGCCCAUGGGUAUCAGGGAGCCUCCCUGACCUGUAGUUUCCUGGGCCAGUGACGCCAGGGCCCCUGUCCGUGUGACUCCACCAGGUGCAGGUUCACACCAGGACACUGAGCACCUGGCACCUUUGGCUUUGCCUGGCUGUGGCCUCGGGAAAUCUGGUGUGGCACCCAGCAGCCCACACGUGGCACACCAGGGCUGCCCUUCCCCCUCCUGGCUGUGCCUCCGGUGUUCACAUCAGCUCUGCACCCAGACUGCCAAGACAAACCAAAAAGCUGCUCUAGGCUCCUCCCAGGGCUCCAGGGAGUUUUCAGAUCCAGGCUGCCCGCCCUGUCCCCGUGCCCUGUCCCCCAUCUGACACUGCCAAGACUCAGAGGGAACAAGGACCCCACCCACCCACCCACUGCCCCACCCAGCACGCGCUGCCUCGAGGCCUUCUGUCUCUGCCCACACCCCCUGGGCGGUGCUUUUCAAGGUGCCAGAGCCGCCCCAUAGCCCACCCUGGACAGGGGCUGCGCUCCUCUUCCCACGUGCACAUCCGAGGGCGCCCACACUGCGGGAGGGGCUGGAGGGCCGGAGGGGGAGGGGGGCCACCUGAGCAGAGCCGAGGGCUCCCUAGUGCCUCUGUGCGGCCCUGUGGGCACAACCCCACCCUGACCGCCGCCCGGAGCACAGGUGCCCACUUGGGACCGCCCCCUUCCAUCCGUUUCUGUGAGAAUAACCAAAAGCAUUUAAACCUGUUACCUUUCUUUACGCGUAUAGACUCCAAAAACAAAAACCAACACAAAUCUUUAUUUUUUUGAUUUAAAAGAUAU